CUGUCCCGGAAGGAGCUGAUGGGAGCCCCCACCUCCGCCCCGGAAGGAACUUGGAGGUGCCUGGCGCUCUCCUUGCUGAAACCGCCCCCGACCCCCUGAGCGAGCUCCUCCCUCAGUCAAGGAGCAGCGGGCGGGCACCCCGAGUUUGGGGAGAAAGGAGGCCGGGCGGGAAGCACUUCCGGAAGGGGAGUCGUAAGGGGGACGGACGGACGGACGGACAAACGGACAGCCAGGGGGAGGCAGCCAUUGGCUCUUGGGGCCGCAGCCGCGUGAGGAGGCGUUGGGCCCCCGUGCCCCGCGCACAGCGCCCCCUGGCGGCACAGGAGACGCUGGCUCCAGCGGCAAAGGCAAGGGAGAAGGCUCCAGCUGCGGCUGAGGCGGCGGGUGGAGGAGCCAGCGGCAGGGGGGCGGCUGGAAGCCGGGCUUCAGGCUUCCUGUAGCUCAAGAGGACGAAGAGAAGCAGAAACGGACGCGACGUCCGCGGCCCCUGGGGACCAGAGGUGGAAGAUGAGGCACUGAGUAGAGUUGGGAUACAAACCCUGAUGGCAUGGAGAGCAGAAAGCUUAUUUCUGCCACUGACAUUCAGUACUCUGGUAAUCUUCUGAACUCCUUGAAUGAGCAACGAGACCAUGGCCUGUUCUGCGAUGUCACUGUCAUUGUGGAAGAUCGAAAAUUCCGGGCCCACCGGAAUGUUCUGUCUGCAUCGAGCACUUAUUUCCACCAGCUUUUUUCUGUUGCUGGGCAAGUGGUUGAACUAAACUUUUUAAGGGCAGAGAUUUUUGCAGAAAUUCUCAACUAUAUUUAUAGUUCUAAACUUAUGCGUAUUAGAUCAGAUCUACUUGAUGAGAUAAUUAAGUCAGGGCAGUUAUUAGGAGUAAAGUUUAUAGCAGAACUUGGUGUUCCUUUGUCACAGGUUAAAAGUAUCUCAGGUUCAAUAAAGCCAGAUAGUGGUGAAACUUUAUCUGGCACAGAUGAAAAUGGUCUUCAGAUGCAAAAAGCAGAAAAUGAAGGGUCUGAUGCUGGUGUGACUAUGAUGCCUGUUAUAACUGAGACUUUCUCUUUAUGUGCUGAAGAUUAUGAGACAAAAAAAAUUGGUACCGAUUCUGAUGAAGAUGAUGAUGUCAUUUUCUGCUCUGAAAUUUUACCUCCCAAAGAGGGUUUGCCAGGUAGCACCUCGGUGGCCCAAGUCCAGCCUGACCCAGAGCCUGUUGCCUAUGCUGAUAAGGCGUGUGGUACUAGUAGUUCUCCUCCUCUAACAAAUAAACCUCUGCAGACACUUGCUACUUCAGUGAGUCAGACAGUCCCGAGCCAAACCCGAAAUAGUGAAGAAACACUUAAAUCUGCAGCCCCAAAGCAUCUUACUCCCAACAUUAUUUUGUUAAAUCAGCCAUCUCUUAACUCAAUGCCAAGUUCUUCACAUCCCAGUCAGAUGUCUCCUGCAGUUAAUUUACUGGUCCAGAAUCAUCCGCAGAUACCAAAUAAUGCCACGGCCUUGCCUAAACAUAGGACCAAUGUAGACAUGGAAGCAGAGAUCAUAGAUGAUGAUGAUGAUACUAUUAGUUCUAGUCCAGACUCAGGAGUUAGUAAUACCUCUUUAGUCCCACAUCCCGAUACUCAGAAAAAUGUUUCUUUUAAUGGCUCAGCAAUUCAGUCCAAGCAGGUCUCACUUUUUCAUCAAGAACCACUGUCUAACUCUUUAAAAAUUUCAAAUGUCAUUACUGAAAGCAGUAAGGAUUCAGGUGGAGGUUCCAAACAUGUGAUGGAAGGUCAAAAGAUCAUUACACUUGAUACAGCUACUGAAAUCGAAGGCUUAUCUACCGGUUGUAAGGUUUAUGCAAACAUUGGGGAGGACACAUAUGACAUAGUGAUUCCUGUCAAAGAUGACCCUGAUGAAAAAGAGGCCAAGCAUGAUAAUGAGGUCCCCAAAACAUCUGGUGAUGAGCCUUCAAACAAGCGUGUGAAAGUUAAACAUGAUGAUCACUAUGAAUUAAUAGUAGAUGGCAGGGUGUAUUAUAUCUGUAUUGUGUGCAAAAGAUCUUACGUCUGUCUGACGAGUUUGCGGAGACAUUUUAACAUUCAUUCUUGGGAGAAGAAGUACCCAUGCCGUUAUUGUGAGAAGGUGUUUCCCCUUGCAGAGUACCGCACCAAACAUGAGAUUCAUCAUACUGGAGAGCGACGGUAUCAGUGUUUGACCUGUGGCAAAUCUUUCAUCAACUAUCAAUUUAUGUCUUCACAUAUAAAAUCAGUUCAUAGUCAGGACCCUUCUGGCGACACUAAGCUUUAUCGCUUACAUCCAUGCAGGUCUUUGCAGAUCAGGCAAUACGCUUACCUUACUGAUAGGCCGAGGAGUAUACCUGUAAUAAAAGAAGAUGGGAUUGUGUAUAAGGUUGAUGGGAAAGAACCUUCGGAAGGGACUGCUACAUCUACUCCCCAAAACAAGCCAAUGACUUGGGAUGAUAUCUUUAUUCAACAGGGAAAUGAUUCAAUGUUUAAACAGAAUGUAACAGAUGGCAGCACUGAGUUUGAAUUUAUAAUACCAGAAUCUUACUGAAUUGCUUUGGGGAAAAAAAAUCUGACUCUGUCAGGGGGGCAGUGGUUUCAAAAGACCAGUAAACAUUUAUGAAAUUGAGAUGGAAAUGAGUUAAUUAGUCCUUCAAAGUCAUCUGAGAGUAGUUGUUAUUUGUAUUCUUUUUAGUUACAGGAAAUUUGUAGGAACAAAGUUAUCUAAAACUUUACUUGAAUGUUAAGUGAGGAGUUACCUUCAGGGUGAGCUGUUAAUUUUUUUGGGGGGGGUUUGUUUUUUAAAGAAAAAUUAAUCAUUGUAUAAAAUAGUUUUCUGAAGAGAAUUUGAAGCAGUCACUCCUCUCUAACUGGUAUUAUUGGCAUAGCUGAAAAAUUGAACUUCUUGUAUGAAUUUUCUCUUAUGUAUAGCACUUUACUGCUGAUUUCUGCAAAAAACAUUUGAAAGUUAAGUCUACAGUUUUUGUGUUGUCUAAUGUAUAUGACCUAAAACUAUCCAGCAACUUUUAAAGUCAUUCUGAAAAGGUUCAGCGUAACUAUCCCACCCACUUGAUGCUAUACUUUUUGGGUCCAGCGGUGCAGACUUUCUCUGGUUCAAAUGAAUUAUUAAACUGCUCUCUGGAUAGUUAAACUUGUCCUUUCUCAUAAGCUUGUCUACCUGGAAGUGAUAGAUUUGGGCUUAUCAGAACAAGCUUUACUUCUAUCUGGCAAUGUAAUGAAGGAGUCCAAUGGCUAGUCCACUUUAUCCCUCUGCCACAUGGGAUAUGCAGAGGAAAACUUGAUGGACUAAGAGCUGAAUGGAAUGGAAUGGAGAAAAUGGAGGAGUCCUACAGCAUUUAUUUUAAGUUAGGAAAUUAUCAAGAGCUCUUAGCUGUAGACCCAGAAUUUGUUGAUGAUUUGUUCAUGCCCAGAUUUAUGUAAUGUUACUUUGAUUUUUUUUAAUCUGAAGGAGGUGGCAUCCUAGGCUUGAAAAAAUGUAUAAAACUCUAAGAAUAACUAAAGUUUAUCAUUUUGGAGGGAGGAGUUCCUUGAUGUAAAUUUUUAAACCAGGAAUUUUUAAAUAGGAAAUUUUCCUUUGAAACAUUUGAAUCAUUAAUGUUUUUUUCCCCUCAAAGAAAAACCUUUAGAUGCUUACAUAUCCUAGGGUAUGCUUAUGCUCCAUCCUAUCUGCAAAUCACUGUGAUGCUAUAGCAUUCGGGAACUUUGUAUGUCAUAAUGUCAACCUAUUGGUUCAGGCCCAUUUGUAGGACCUCCACCAUGGCCUGUGUUGCCUUCAAAUUGGUGAGCUGAGAAAAUGGAGUUAAUACAAAACAUUCAUUGGACAGGCUAGUACCAAAAGUGAAAGAGCAAGUCAACCUGUUGAAUUUCUGUAAAUUAUUUGCAUAAAUAAAAAAUGUUUAAAAAAUUAAUAGAUAUGAAAAGGUUGUCCAUAGUAAUAGUUAUUUGUAACCUUUCAUUCAGAAUUUCUUAUCUGACAGUUUAAAGAAUUUUUCUUUUUAUGUAUUAUAAGAAAUAACUGUUUUUAAGCUUAAAGCUUUAAUUGUAAAAUUUAAUCCCUAUAUCAUGGUUGCCAACAUGAGUUAGAUUUGAUGAUAUUGCUUUUAAGCUUCUGAAGCUACAAAGGUACCAGAAAUCAGUAUUUUUAAUAAAAGUAGAACAAAACUUAAAUCAUGCUUUGCCUACCCAGCUGUAUGCUGUGCAUAUAUUUUUGGUUCUGUGUGCGAAGAGAUUUUCAAAUCAUUUUGUAAAUUUACCUUUUUAAAAAAAUUGAGUAGUAGUUUUUAAUUUAAGGCUCUGCUACCCGAAACCAUAGUAGUAGAGCUGGUCUGUGGUAUAUAGAUUGCUAAGGGUGCUUUUCUUUUGUCAAUAAGGGUGUCUUUGUUUUUUAAAAUGUUCUUUCAUUAAUAUACUCCCUCAGUUAAAUGCAGUUAUCAUGUAUGAACAAUACCUAUACCAGCAUAACUUCCAGACCUUUCAGACUUAAUGGCCCUUGUGCAGUUAAACACAUAAGAUGCAUUGUGUCAUGCUAGGGCUUGCUUGGUAAAUUUUAUGAAUUUGUUGUAUGUGACCAAUGGGGAAUCAUGUGUACCACUCAAAUUCUCUAAUCAGAAUAAAGUAGAUGUUAUUAAUUGCUGCUGAAUAUUCCCUGUUUAAGUCUUACAUUUAAGCUCUAUGCCUAAGGUCAUUUGGGGGGGGGAUAGAGGGAGGAGCAGGGCCUUGAAGGAAAACUGGAAAAAAUGAACAUUAAAUUGUAUUCUUGCCAGAAGACUCUUACUUGCAUGUCUCAGGGUCUUCAGUUUUCCUAGUAGUAAUUUCAAAAUCCAAAGUUCACAGAGCAUAUGGAAAACUUUUUUUGGGGGUGGUGGGAAUAAAACCCUUCACUUGUAGUAUUUAUUGGUUUGAAAAUGUGUAGAGACCCCUGUUACUUUUUUUUUAAUGGGGCCUGUUGGCCUUUAGAUCUCAGCCUAUUGCACUUAUUAUUUGGGGGAUUGUUAAGGUAGCUUUUUCCUUUUAGUCUUAUGCAGAAUUUCCUGUAAAUAUUAGCAGGUGUUAAUGCUUUGAAACAGUGCUUGUGUUCAAAACAAUUCCAGAAUUGGACAGCGCUUAAAAGUCUUAUUAGCAAAAAUCAGAAAAAUACCAUAGCAAAUUUGCAAGAAGCAAUUUAAAAUACUUUUAACGUUCAUGAUGAUAUUGGUGGUGAAUAGUGUGUCCCCCUCCCCCUGAGCCCCUCCACCACUAAGGGAGACUGCUAUCUUUUCAGUAGAGCUAAGAACAUGUAACACGUUAGAGGUAAUCACUGUUAGAUUGCUUAUUUAUUUUCGGCUGUUAAGGGACGAAGACUAUUCUAAAGAUCCAAAAGCUGAUAACUAACUCUACACAUGGGAGAGCUUUGACCGCUGGAGCUCAGAAUUCAAACUGCUGUGCAUUUUUAUCAACACUGUAAUGUGUAUAUAAACACUUGUACAGUCUUUAGCUUCAAUUUUAAAAAGUCGUGCUUUACUUUAACCAGUAAUUCUUGCUGUUAAUUCUUAGCUUUCUAUGGUAAAAAUAAAGUUUUAAUUCUGACUGUCAA